GCGAAUGGGAUAGUGAUGGACUAUUGCGGCUCCUAUCUGAAGAGGCAGAGGCACGACAGUGAGCAGUCGUCCCCAGGCUGCAGCCUGGAGUACACAGACCUAGAGGCUGCAGAGGCUCUGGUCUGCAUGAGCUCUUGGGGCCAACACCGCCCCAACCCCUGCAAACCCAGACCCCUUACACCUGCCUCGGACUCCUGCGACUCCCUCUUGCCUCCGGACCCACCGGAGCCCCCCAAGGACUUUGUCUCGCUCUCCUCCCUGGUAAGAGUGCAUCCUCUAUGGGCAACCAUAACCACCACACAUCCCAAAACAACCAUCACACAUAAACAUCUGUGAGUCCCAGCUUUGACUUACUGUGUAAACCAGCGUGUCUUUAUCUCAGGUUGGUGUGUUUGCUAAAAACUUUGCAUGGUUUAUAGGUGUUGGAGGGGUUAGGGAGGUUUCUGCACAGGUUGCAGGAAAGAGAUGAGGAGAUAGGGCCUGAUAGGCGGUUUGAACUUCACCCAGUGCUCAUCUCUCUCAGCUGCUGGUUGUAAAAAUCACUGUUUUACAGCCACCCAGCUCGAAGUACCCAUUAGUGUAGUGUGUAUGCGUGCCUACUGUGGCCACUUAUCUCUCCUAACAGCUGCAUUAAACCUCCAUUUUGAAACAGAACACACCCAACCUAGGACUUCUGUAUUAGAACACCAUAGUGGUUCUUUGUUCUACUUCAUAGUAUGGCGCACACACACUAAUUCUGUCUUUUUUUCUUUGGUUUCCAGUGUAUGACACCCCCUCACAGCCCCAGCUUUGCUGAAACCUCCACCAGCACUGCCAUCCACACCAGCACCUCUCCUCUGAGCCGGCCCAGCUCCAGCCUCUCUGUAAGGGUCUGUGGGGUCCCACGAUCGCCCAUGGCCUCCAUUGCCGAGUCCCCAACCACCGGAAAGACCCCACCACCGGCACCCUGCCGAGCCAUGGUAACCAGCGUCAUCCGCCACACCGCAGACACACACCCCUGCGAGCAAAUUCCAGCACCCCCCACAGAGCAACAGAGGGUCUCAGAGCUGGUGGUCCAUCAACAGCACACAGUAAAGACUGAACAGAAGAGCAAACCUCCAUCUGCCCCCUUCACACCCAACCUCGCCCUCCUCUCUUCCUGUAGGGAACAGCCAGUCAUGACUGAGAAGGAAGAGGUAAAGGUUAUCCACUGUAAGAAGAGGCCCUCCCCUCCUCCCGCUAACGCCCAAUCACAAAACAGCCCGCCCACAUGCCUCUCCCCACCCCCCACCUCCAGCCCUCCAAUCAUCUGCCAGAUGUUCCCGGUGAGCAGCCAAUCGGGGAUGAUCUCGGCAUUCAUCCAGGGCCCGAUGCAGACCUCCAGGACCCCCACGUCCAUCCUGCCCCAGUCUGGCCCUCGAGGGGCCCUCCAGCAGCCCUUCCUCAUGGGCCAGGCUAUGCCCCAGGGUACGGUGAUGCUGGUUCUCCCCCAGUCCCACGUCUCUCAGGCCCCCCACUGCUCCCCACAGACUGUCAUGACCCUGGGCCACACCAAGCUGCUACCUCUGGCCCCCGCCCCGGUCUACGUGCCUGCCGGACCCUGCGGCGCCACCAAGAUGGACUUCUCCCGCCGGAGGAACUAUGUGUGCAACUUCCCCGGCUGCAGGAAGACUUACUUCAAGAGCUCCCACCUCAAGGCACACCUCCGAACACACACAGGUAAGAGAGAGUUCACAGUGCUUCUCAUGGAUGAGUGGGAGUAAGAGAGAAAGAACUUGACAUUUAAGGGGAUUAAAUAUUAGGAUCUUGAUUGUGUGUCACGAUUUUAACUGAAGAGUAUAAGGUCAUUUAUCUGACUCAAAACAUGUUGGGGUUUGUUGGUGACUAAAUUAUAAUGACUUGCUCACUUACUCUCUCUCAGGUGAGAAGCCCUUCAGUUGCAGUUGGGAGGGCUGCGACAAGAAGUUUGCGCGCUCUGACGAGCUCUCGCGCCACCGGCGGACCCACACGGGCGAGAAGAAGUUUGUGUGCCCCGUGUGCGACCGGCGCUUUAUGCGCAGCGACCACCUGACCAAACAUGCCCGCCGUCACAUGACCACCAAGAAGACACCCUCCUGGCAGGCCGAGGUGCGCUGCCCCAACAAAAUGUCCGCUCCCAAGCCGCUGCCAUCAAACCCUGCCUCACUUUCCCUCAGUAUGCUGGUACCUGCCUUAAACUAG